AUGGCUCAAGUUGCAGUACCACCGAUCAUAAAUUCCCAAGUACCAACAGACGAAGGUGGUUAUAUUGAAGAAAGUUAUUUAAGUACUUUAACUAGACGCUUUGUAUUCGAGCAGCAACAAGGUCAAGAAGAAGUUGAGGAUGCUUUAUCUGAUAUAUCUGAUUUUGAUGAGGAAUGGGAAGAACUUGUUCAGCAAAUGCAACAGGUUUUAGUUGCUUUCUUACUUCCUUGGUUAGGACGUUGGUUAGGCAGAAAAUUCUCUUUUUGGGCAUGGACAAGAGAUUGCCAUAAUUGA